GUAAAAUAGAGUGUAUAGUGUAUUAUAUAAUCUAUUUAAAAGCUUUCUGCAUUUUUCGUAUUAAAUUUGCUUUUAAAAUGUGAAACGUAUGAAGUAGAUCAAGUGCAUGAGAUUGGUCUUGAAACAUAAACAUAAACAAAAAGUUUUCCUGCUCAAAAAUAAAUGUAAUGAACGAUAAAGUGGUGCCUUUAUGUUGCUGUGAAUAUUACGAUAUAAAUAAUGAAAGAAACCACAUCUUAGCAUGUCUUUGCAACUGUGUUGAUUUAGAUGAAGCAUUUGAUAAUUUAGUAUCAGGGAAACGGGUAACAGAUCACAAUAAACGAGCUGUUAUGGAUACCAUUCAAGAUAGGCUUCGCAUACCCUGGAGAGGAGGUGCAAAACAAAUAUCAAUAGACGCAAUUUUACCUAUAUUUAUUUUACCUGUGAUACUUUUAAUAGCCGCUAACAGCCUAUGGUGGACCAUAUUUUCUUUCACCACCAUGUUGGUAUUCUUGGGCUUAUUAUUUAGGUUUUUAAUCAGAAACUUACCCUAUACAAAGUUUUUUUUAAUGUGGACCAUUACAACAACCGUAGUACUCUAUUGUAUCUUUGAGUUCAUUGUUAUACCAUUCCUGGAGAUUCUUUUAGAGGAGAAUAUAGCUUUAAGUUUAUUUAUAUUUGGGUAUGUGAUGUCGGCCUAUAAAUGUAAGGUUAAUGCCAAUCAGUUGGGGGUUGAGGAGAGCGAGGCUGAAAAUGGUUACGGGAAAUACUCCAACAAGUUGGAUAACUGUUUAAUAUGCAAUAAGGGAAUCCCAGACAAGGAUCAUCACUGCAUUUGGUUGGAUUGUUGUAUAGGAAAGCAUAAUCAAUGCUGGUUUAUUUUAUCUAUAACCUGUGCUAGUGUAUCUUUAUUCUACAGCUCAAAUCUAACUUUAACAUCGGUAUGCCAUCCAUUUACACUAUACAAAACUAUUUUACUACCUGAUGACUGUUCUGAUGUUUAUCAUCAAUUUGAACUGGGUCUAUCUUUUGUGGCCGCCCUUUACAGUAUUUUUAUAGCAGUCUGUUUACUAAUACUACUUUUUCAACAAAUUUUAUUUGUCUCAAUAGGCAUUAGCCCUAAGGAAUGGAGGAAAUUUUCAAAAUUAUCAAAGCUAUUUUGUGGACUGACUGCUUAUAGGCCAAAUAGUAAGGGUUUGAUUAGAAACUGGUUAAGAAUUAUACCAAUUUGCCAGAGGAAUUACCCCAUAGAAAGCCAGCAACUUUAGAACUUAAGAGCAAUAUGUAUUUUGGUAAAAG